AUGAACAUUGUUAAGAAGGUCAACUACAGAUACAACAUCGUCUACAAGUUCCUAAGCCCUGUUCUGGAUGAUCUUCUUAAUCUAGCUAAAAGGUUUCCUCCAGACAAUCUUAAUGUCUUCAGAAAGGACUAUGGGAGGAUUUUGGGUUACCUAGAAGCUUCUCUUAAUGAGUACCAGAGGGAUGUUGUUCAUACUUUGUUACAGUUUUAUGAUCACACUUUGAGAUGUUUCAUAUUCCCGGAUUAUCUGUUAGCUCAUACGUUGGAAGAGUACUCUAGUAUCUUGGAUAAUCAUAUCUUGCACCAAGCUAACAUUAAGAAGAAGGUAAGUGUUUGUGGUUAUCAUUCGAGUUUCCUAUUGCAAGAUGUUGGUGGUAUGGUUGACAAAGAAGAUUGGAAGGAUUUCAAUGCUGUUUUAGCUUGUUGUAUUUAUGGGAUCGUAUUGUUUCUUAAUGAGGUGAAGUUCAUUGAUGAGAAUUUUGUUGCUAUCUUCAUCCAAAGGAAUAUCGCGCCAACCCUCCUAGGAGAUCUUUAUCAUUCCAGACAAUCUAGAAGUUAUAAAGGGAAGGGUGGUGUUGUUCAUUAUUGUGCACCACUUUUAUACCGUUGGUUUAGAAGUCAUCUCCCUUGCCAAGGUGCUUUUGUUGAUACCCAAGACACUUUAAAAUGGUCCCAAAGGCUGAUGGGACUCACCUCCAAGGACACUGACUGGUACAAGCAUAGUUUGAGAAAGUCGGAAAGUAAAGAGGUGAUCUUUAGCUGUGGGGAGUUAACCAAUGUGCCUCUCAUGGGGAUGAGGUGUGGCAUUAAUUACAAUCCAACUCUUUCUCAAAGACAAUUAGAAUAUAGUUUGAAAGAUCCCCCUGAGGACAGAGAUGUGCACGAUUCCUUGUUUUAUGAUGUACCUGAUAGUACUGGACGGAUGGAAAGAGUUUUUUAA